AUGCAGGGAGCACGGAAGAGCAGCAAUCUGUUGACCAGUGCACCCCAUAUGCCCUUCUUCCGCUGCCCUCCUCUUGACGGCUUGGAGGAAAGUGAUCAGGACCAGCGAGGUUUUGAGGGCCAAGUCAAAGGGGACCUGGGCAGUACAGAUGGUCCUCCAAGGAACUGGAAGGGCAUAGGGAUCGCCAUGGUGGUGAUCUUGGCUGUUAUGUCUCUGGUCAUUCUCUCUGUCAUCCUCCUCACACCUGAUGAGUCUCACUUGUUACUUCGUUCCCAUCUCACGAUGGAGGACCUCGAGAGUGAAGAGUUUAAGAUUCAUAACCCCUGUGUGGCAUGGCUGAAUGAAAACGAAGUUGCUCUUCGCACCAGAGAGGGACAUGUCCUGUCGUUCAGCCUCACCAGCAACUUAACCACAACUCUGCUGGACAACAGCUCCCUGCCACUACUCAGUUCCAAGUGUCUGCAGACAAGAGGUUUGUCCUCUUGGCGUAUAACAUUCGACCGGGAUCUGCUGGAGCUCAGCCCUCCAGAGGGGCAGAAGGCAGCACUACAGUAUGCUUCCUGGGGACCUCAAGGGAACCAGCUGGCCUUUGUGUUUGACGGAGAUAUCUACUACAAACCGAGUGUGACCAGCGAACCCCUGCGUCUUACAUCCACUGACCAGGAGCAAUAUGUGGUGAACGGCCUCUCUGACUGGACUUAUGAAGAGGAGGUCCUGCUACAAUAUGCCGCCCACUGGUGGUCUGUGGAUGGUGCCCGGCUUGCAUACCUCAGCAUCAACAACUCUGUUACACCUGUGAUGGAAAUACCUCAUUUCUUAGGUGGUCUCUACCCCUCCAAUGUGCUCUUCCCUUACCCCAAGGCUGGCUCAAGUAUCCCAUCAGUCAGUCUGUUUGUGGUGAAUCUGUACGGUCCAGCUCACACUCUGGAAAUGAUGCCUCCGGACUCCCUCAGAGCCAGAGACAACUACAUAUCCAUGGUGACUUGGAUCAGCAGCACCCGGCUCGCAGUUCGUUGGCUGAAUCGUGCCCAGAACCAAUCUGUGCUCUGUGUUUGUGAGGCUACCACAGGGGCAUGCUCAGAGAAACACAAGAUGGUCAUGGACAUAAUGCAAAACCAGCGACAGGAUGUGCCACUGUUUUCAGCAGACGGCUUUGUUUUCUAUACCAUCCUGCCAGCAAAACAAGGUGCUCGUGGAGAGUUUCACCACAUCGCUGGUCUUGCGGCCCAGCCUGCCAUCCCCUCUGUCCCCCCUCGCUUCUUGACAUCAGGGAGCUGGGACGUCACCGUGCUCUGCGCCCUAGACGAGAAGGCUGGAAAAAUCUAUUUCCUGAGCACAGAGGAAUCCAGACAGAGCAGACACCUAUACAGUGUGGACUUAGAUGGAGUCUUUCAGCGCCAGUGCAUUACCUGUAACCUCAUAGAUGGAUGCCGUUUCUAUAAAGCCGUUUUCAGCCCCAAUCAAACCCACUUUACGCUCUACUGUUUGGGCCCGGGAAUCCCUAAAGUGACGGUUCACAGUACAAAGGAACCCUCCAGGUAUGUCGUCUUGGAAGAUAACAGCCGUCUGUCUAAAGCUCUGGAGGACAAACGACUCCCUGAGACUCUGUUCAGGACACUCUCAGCAGAUAACCAUGAUCUCCACCUGAAACUAUCUCUACCUCAGGGGUAUGAGGCCAACCUGCACCCUCUCCUCAUCAUUGUAGAUGGAGUUCCUGGCAGUCAGUCUGUAACGGAGGAGUUUGCCCUCGACUGGCCUCAGGUCUUCUCCAGCAUGCACAAUGUGGCCUUGGCCCGGGUGGAUGGCAGGAGCGGGGUUGGCCGUGGACAGAAGACCACUCCUGUGGAUCCACGCAAACUUGGCUCAAUGAGAGUCAAAGAUUAUCUGGCAGUUAUAGAGUUGUUAAUGCAGCUGCCUUAUAUAGACGAUCGCCGGAUGGCCCUCUAUGGAAAGGCAUUUGGCGGUUAUUUAACUCUCAAGAUGUUGGCAGCAACAGAUAAGCUCUUUCAGUGCUCAGCUGCUGUGGCACCAAUAACUGACUUCAAGCUUUACAGUGCUGCAUUCUCUGAGAGGUACCUAGGACUUCCUGCAAAGGAGGAACAUGCUUACUUGACUGCCUCCAUGCUGGAGGAGGUUAACAAGCUGAAAGAUGAGAACUUCCUCAUUCUGCAUGGAACUGCAGACGCAAGAGUACACUUCCAGCACAGCGCUGAGCUCCUGAGCCGUCUGGUAAAGGUGGAGGCCAACUACUCUCUGCAGCUGUACCCAGAUGAAGGCCACAUCCUAAGAGAGCCCCGCAGCAUCAAACACUUCCAGCGGACAGUGGUGAACUACCUCCAGACCUGCUUGAAGCACAGGCCCCUCCUAGAUCCCAUAGAGGAUGAAGAGGAGGAAGAUGACUGAGCCCAGCGUUCCCCUUUCUUUCUUCUGAAGAGACACUCUAAGGAUUGUAUGCCAUCUAAUGCAUUACCUUGGGUCAUAUUAUCAGGCGCAAGAGCACAGGAGUGGGGACCAACCGCAUCAGAUCACCUCUUAUAACUUCUGGAAACAUUGAUGUACUGUAUAAUGUGUUGCACAGUUUCUGCUGUUUUAAUGUAUGUUUGAGGCCCUAUUUGUUUACAAAAUUCACUUUAGGAGAUGUGGACUAUUAGACAGCUAAUGAUUCUGCCGAGAGUUUACAAAGAUUUUAAAACAUGCAUGUCGUAAUGGCUGCAUGAUGUGGACUAGUUUACAUUGCAUUUUGGGUGUUUUGCUGAUUUUAAAUCUUGCCUGCAAAGGCAAAAUCUGCCAACAGCCGGGAAUACAUGGCACACUUUAAAGGAAACUCAGUGUAAGAGAUGAAGCAGCCUUGCAUGCUUAGUGAUUUGCAUAAAAUGCCGUUAAAAGGCUUUAAAACAAAUCAGCUGCUGGAUCACCCCAUCUGAACAAGUCCAGUCUUACAAAACCAAAUAUUUGGGACAGCUGUGAUGCAAGAUGUCUGCAUCACAAAAGUUAAGAUACAACACAAGCUGUCACCACUGGUCACUGACCUAUGCAUACUCUGCACAGUAUUUGAGGUGUCACUGUAAAAUCAGUUAUUUCAAGUUCUUUUUUUAUGUAUUGUGUUCCCGGCUUAAAUAAACUAAGAUAAGGAUAAUUUUUAGCGUGCCAAAUACAUUUUGUGGACUUUAUCUACUAGUUUUGUUUGCAUUUUGUGAUUAUGAAUGACUUUGCAGCUGAGAGUAUUUAUACUAAAAGCUCCAGUUUAAGAAUGAAAACAACUGUAGGCCUGUGUACUGUAUUUGGAAGUGCAGUACAGUUCUGUUUUGAUACAUUUUAACCAUUUCUUGUGUAUUCCACAGUUAAAUUAUUCCUUGGAACAAACUGUUGAGCGAUUAUGUUACAGUUCUCAGAUGCUGGGCCUGACCAUCAGUCUGUCAACCAUGCAUGCAGUUGGUAUGAAAAGAAUGCUAUUGAUUGUAGACAACCAACUAUUCCUUUCUCCAUAAAUCCUUGAAAAUAAA